GACACACAAACACACAAACACACAUACGGACACACAAACACACAAACACAGACAAACAAACACACACACACACACAGACAAACAAACACACACGGACACACAUUGUGAGAACUAUGUGCACGUGGGCAGACUGACUGACUCCUAAAUCCUUCAACCACCGUUAAUGAACACAAAGCAAACGUCUUUCAGGUGGGGCUUGUUGAUAAUCAUGAUAGUAGUUUUUACUGAGAGAGGACAUAUCUAUUUCACUUUGCUGAUUGGAAAUAUUUGACUGUAAAUCGUGAAUUCACUUCCAAACCUAAUGAUUAGAAUACUAUAUUAUGAGGUAAUAACCAAUGAGACCAAAAGACAAAGGUCAUUAUAUUAUAAACCUGCUAUUGACAUUUAGACAUUCUAUGUUCUGUUUGCUGUGUCACAUGGUUAUUAUAGGACCAUAGAAAUCAGAUAAAAGUGAUCAUGAGGUGAAUCAGUCUGAUUUACCACCUUGUUGAUAGGCUCCAUAUCUACACGUGUCCCAGUUAUCACCAGGUCAUGGUUUAAGAGGACAGGAUAUAAAGGGGACAACUGAGACUCCAAAAUAACAGCAGAAAUAACCACAAGAAGAGGAUAUCAUCACCCAGGAAUGAGAAUGAAGAGUGUUGUAUCUCUGCUGGUGUUGCUGCACUGCUGUCUGUCUGGAGCCCAGGUCCACAAAGACAGAGAUGGAGUCAGUGUGAAUGAGAUCCAGCAGGUUGACUAUGAGGACAGAGAGAGCAGAGGGAAGGACAUUCAGACUGACAAGCAGAGAGCUGAAGCUGCAUUAACACACAGCCAGCAAACCUGCCAGCCUGACAUCCACACUGUGCUGAGAGAGAUGAGCACCAUGAUGGCAGAGCAGAGAGUUGAGCUGAGACACACAAAGACUGAACUGGGAGCCAUGGAGGCCAGACUGAGAGACAGUGAGAGCCGUCUGACAACCAGUGAGAGCCGACUGAUAGACAGUGAGAGCCGACUGACAGACAGUGAGAGCCGUUUGGCAGCUAGUGAGAGACAACUGACAGACAGUGAGAGCCGUCUGACAGCCAGUGAGAGCCAAGUGGAGGAACUGAGCAAAAUGAAUGAAGCACAAGCAGUGAAACUAAACUCCAUGGAGACUCGUUCUAACAUCACUGAGAGCCACGUUGAAGUUCUGAAGAGAAACAGUCAAGACAGGAAGGUGGCUUUCUCAGCCUCACUAGCAGCACCUGGUCAAGGAGGAAACACUGGACCCUUCAACACCGGAAUCACCCUGGUCUACAGACAUAUCUACUCAAACAUUGGCAAUGCUUAUAACCCCACUACAGGGAUCUUCACAGCACCAGUGAGAGGACUCUACCUCUUCAGAUUUUACAUGUAUGGAGAGGGUGACAGUUCAGUUCCUAUAACUACAGCCUUGCAUAAGAAUGGACAUCAUGUAGCUGUUGCACAUGCUCACCAAGCUACUGGUGGUACUAACUCCUCUAAUGGAGUGUCUCUGCUGCUGGAGGUAGGAGAUGUGGUCUACAUGUAUCUCUGGGCUGGGAAUAAGAUAUAUGAUAGUGAAUAUCAUCACAGCACCUUCAGUGGUCACCUGCUCUUCACUAUGUAGGAGGGUUAUUGAAGGACUGUAUCAGUGAUCUGUACAGGAAAAUAUUCAGACAUUUGAACAACAUUGUCUUAGCAUUGAAAGUUCUCCAUUUGCUCUCUAAUAGUUCAAACUAAGGCAGUUCUCAAGGAGAAAAGUAGGUGAAAUUGACAAGAUUUGAAAAUACGUAUCAUAUCCAAGUUUUCAAAAUAGAAAAAUAAUUGUAAAUAUACUCAAAAUGAAAAUAUUAAUGUCAUGUAAAUAUUAUACUGUCCACUAAGACUUCUUUAAUUUAUGUAUUUAGAUGUUGACCCCCCCCCACCCACACCCCCACCCACUAGUAAAUUAACACUAGUCAA